GUGACUAGGGUCACGUGUGCGUUAUGUAUACCUUAAGAAAUUUUGAAUGAAUGUGGGUUUUGUUUGGUCUUAUGCUGCGAUUGUGGACAACAUGGCUAAAAGCAUAGACAAGAAAGGAAAAGUUUAUAAGCAAGUUACUAUAGAAUCUUUAAAGAGAGUUGUAGUUAUAGAAGAUAUAAAAAGAUGCAAAUCUGUGCUGGAGCUUCCUGGUCAAACCAAGCAAAAUUUAAUAGAAGCGCUGCAACUACUGAAGAAGAAGAUACCAUCCCAGGAAGUAUUGCGUUCAACCAAAAUAGGUCAUGCUGUGAAUAAAAUGCGUAAGCAUUCAGAUACUGAAGUUGCUGCUCUAGCAAAAGAAGUCUUCAAACAGUGGAAGACGUUCAUUAAGGAAAAUGCAAACAAGUCCAACAUAGAAGUGAGGAGUGAUACUAAAACGGAAAGCCUUAGAAGCAGUGCCCGAAAGCUAUUAGCUGAAGCUCUAGAACUUGAGGAUGAUCAUCCUUUGACUGAAAACAUCGAAAGGGAAGCGUUUCACCAGUGUUCCCGUCUUAUCCGUGUUCCCUACCGUAAAACCAUAAGAGCUCUAGUAUUUGCUUUGAGACACAAGCCAGAAAUUCAAACACAAGUAAAGUCAGGCAAAUUGCCAGUAAAUCAGCUCAUACUGCUACAUAAAAAGUGACAACAGUGAAAGACUAUAUUUACUGAAUUAAAAAAGAAAAAAAAAAUCAGUAAGAAGGUGGACAAACAUGAAAAUGGUCAAGAUUUUUUUUAUCAAGGUGUUGAAGGUUUAUUAAGGUUUAAGUAAACAGCUUUUCUCUUUGUUACCCUCAGAGUGCAUCUGUGGCUGUUCAAUUCCUCCUGAGACGGUCCUGACAGUUUAAUUUUAGUUUAAAGCUUUAGAAUUGCCAGGAAAAUGUGAUCUUUUAAUACUUAGGUCAGUAUGCUGACUCAUCUAAACUCCAAGGUUGCAGUGCAGCUCAUGUGUGGCACAAUGUGGUAUAAACUGAAUGCAUUCCUAUAAAAACAGUUAAACUGAAUUGAAAGAAUAUGAGAACUAAGAAGUAUGCACCACAUUCACAGGCUGUAUACCCACCAAUCCAUUGUAAGAUCCUUCCUUGUACUGUCCCUCACUGAUCAGUUCAGGUACAGUAACCUAAAUUCUGUGGUGAUUUAUUGUACUGAUUGUGAAAUGAAAGAAGUUUCAGGUAGGGUCAUUACUAUUAAUAUUUCUGAAUAACGUAACUUUUGUAUUUUUAAGAAUCUUUUUCCUGCACUUUUCCGUCUUACUCUGGCAUUUGCAGAGAAUUUAUGGUCUGUCUGUAUAAUAGGCUCUCACUACACAUUUGGUAAAUACUUGAAAAGUUUAAUGUCUUAACAAAUGGAAUUGCUCAUUUAUUGCAUUGUUUUAAAUGGUAUUCUUGAUUUUAAAUGCAUUUAAUUGUGAUAUUAAAGACAUGCAACAAAACUAA